AUGUCUCCCCAUCCACUCCAGUUCAAACUUAUCAACACUACAACAUCAAAUCUUCCAGCAACGCCUACCAAAGCUUCAACAUCAUCUUUAGCAUCAUUCUUCAUAACAGGAAAGAUCCAAUCAACCAGCAAGAUGUGUAUUCACAAGCGCAUGAUCUUCAUUCAGUGCGGCCACACCCGCUGGGGUACUGAAGUAAAAGCCUGUAACCAAAAACUUGCCUUUGACACAUCGCCAACUACAUCCAUUGAUUGCGACACAAUGUAUUCUCACCCAAUGCAUACUGUCAAAAUCACCGAGGUGUGCAAGUCAUGUGAGAUUAAGAGAAGUAAAACAGAUAGAACCGCCGAAAAGUUGAAGCAGGCGUUGAAAGACAUCAGAGAGAGUGUCGCGAGAAUGGAGAAGAUGCAAAAAGUGGUUGAGACCGCAAAGAAAGCAGAAGUUGACACUGAUGAUGAUGAAGAUUUGGCGGCCUUGGAAUCAUGGGAUUGA